GGCUGCUACUUCCGUGUCAUAUGUCUUUUGUGUAUUUAUUUAAAGUACAUCCGAGCGUGUUUGUUAUCACAGUAUUUACUGAGAAGAGUGGAGAGGAGACUGGGAGUCAAAAGCCGAAAGUGGGACCGGAGGAGGCUGAAAUCUUGGUCUUAUUUCCUCUUUCUAGCUUCUCAAUUUCCAAGAGACGUGAUCGGACUUCAGAAUGCAUUUUGCUGUGCUCGCUUUUGCCUUCGCGCUCCCUGUGACCACUUGGGCCCUUGACAAUGGCCUGAUGAGGACCCCUCCCAUGGGCUGGCUGGCAUGGGAACGAUUCCGAUGUGACAUCGAUUGUGAAAACGACCCCAAGAAUUGUAUCAGUGAGAAUCUAUUCAUCGACAUGGCGGACAGACUCUCAGAGGACGGCUGGAGGGAACUUGGCUACGUCUACGUGAACAUAGAUGACUGCUGGUCUUCCAAGGAAAGAGACAGUCAGGGACGGCUGCAGGCCGAUCCUAAGAGGUUUCCAGGAGGAAUCCGUAAGCUGGCACGCUACUUGCACGACAGAGGCCUUAAACUGGGCAUCUACGGGGACAUGGGCACAUACACGUGCGGUGGCUACCCUGGCACCCCACUGGAUAAGAUCGAAAUAGACGCUCAGACAUUCGCAGACUGGGAGGUGGAUAUGUUUAAAUAUGACGGAUGUUACUCUAAUGCCACGGAGCAAGAACAGGGUUACCCUCUCAUGUCAAAGGCUUUGAAUGCUACAGGGCGUCCCAUUGGCUACUCCUGCAGCUGGCCUGCCUACCAGGGUGGUUUGCCACCUAAGGUAAAUUACACUCAGCUGGGCGAAAUCUGCAACCUGUGGCGUAACUAUGGUGACAUCCAGGACUCUUGGGACAGUGUAAUGAAAAUCACUGACUGGUUCUUUGAAAACCAGGAUGUCCUGACACCCGCAGCAGGACCUGGAAGGUGGAACGACCCCGAUAUGCUGAUUAUUGGUAACUUUGGCCUCAGCAUGGACCAGUCUCGUUCCCAGAUGGCUCUGUGGGCGAUCAUGGCUGCUCCCCUUUUCAUGUCCAAUGACCUGCGCACCAUCAGCAGCGGUGCCCAGAGCAUCCUGCAGAACAAACUGGCCAUCAGCAUCAACCAGGACCCCCUGGGCAUCCAGGGAAGAUGCAUUUUGAAGGAGAAAAGUCACAUUGAGGUAUACUGGCGCCCCCUGUCAAACAAUGCCAGCGCUUUAGUGUUCUUCAGCCGUCGUACAGACAUGCCAUAUCGCUACAAGACUUCCCUCAGCAAACUCAACUACACCGCAGGCAGCUACAAGAUCUUCAAUGUGUUCACUGAUGAGACCGCAAUGCUCAAAGACUCCACUGACUUUGUAGUGUCAGUGAACCCCACAGGUGUGGUUAUGUGGUAUGUCUCUGCACCUGCCAAAUCAAGCCUCCAUCGGUUCUACAAAGGAGGCCGAAUCCACGGACGUGUCUCUGAUGAUCAUGAGGAAAAUGCCAUUCCGUCGGUUUUCCUCUGACCACUUGCAGAUUCCACUUUUUAAUCUCAUAGUUUUUUUGUGUCUUCCUCAGUGGCGACGCCUUUGUGAUUGAAGGACUCUAAGUACAGGUGCUUAGCUCUGAAUAGCUUUUUUUGAAGUGCCUCUUCUGAGUAAGAAUAUUACUUGAAGCUCAGGGACAUCCGCUUUCCAUCUGUAUUUGUCACUAAUGUGUUAUUGUUUAUGUGAUCUCCAUCUGUAAAAUCACGUUUCUGUACUCAACAGUGAAUGAAGGCUGACGAUUUUACUAUUUUAUCUGAGAUAGCCAAUCACAGAUUUUAGAUCAGCACUAGGACUCCACUGCUCUUAAAUUUUGUUUUAAUAAAGUCACUCUUUGUCAAACUUG